ACCGACGAUAGCUGCCCACACUUGGUCUGCCCAUCUCGCCCGACAACGUCGUCUCGGACGCAUCGUCUUUACGUGCCUUUUUCUUCUUCUCUCUGUCAAAUCGAUGUCCUUAGAGAGCCCGGCGCCGUUUCCCGCUGCAUCCAUCGCAAGUCUGACAGCCCACCAGUGUCUCUUUCGAUCGCGCGCGCGCGCAUACUUGGCCAUUGUAGCACAUUGCAUAAUUAGUAUCUUACACCACCCGCGAUACAAAAUCAUACAACCUUUCAUACAACCAGUUCCGUCCUCAUACCUACCAACUCUACGCCUCGGGCUUCUCAUCAGAACAUGACAUGGACAGGAGUGCCUAGCUGACCGUUCCGACUUGACCUUUGUCGCCCCUCCCCCCACUCCUUUCUCGCGACGACGACGACGCCACCGACGACGACAGCGACGACGACGACUCUAUCGAAAAGCCGACAAACAACCCCUUUCAUCUUACACCACCCCCACUGAAACCAACACCCGGCGUUCAAGCUUAGGCUUGCGCAUAUGACCGACACCGACAAUGGACGGCACUGCCAUCGGGUCGGAAGACCACUUCGACCCUCCGUCACGCCUGUUUGAGCGCCUCCGCCAGAUCGCCGGUUACACCUGGGACGAGUCCAGGCUCCCCUUCCAUACAUCCUACGACAUCUGGCACGUAUGCGGCACCAGAUUUGUGUCGCCCUUCCCACCGUCGUCCUCUUCGUCCCACCCCGCCUCGAGCCCCGGCUCGGCCGCAAGGCUACAGUCCGGCCGACCGUCGCCCUCCGAACAUGCAAGCUCUUCGAGCCUUCACUCAGGCCUGCCCAGCGAUGCCAGCAGCGACUUCUCGGCCGCCUCGCCCCCCAUAAACCCCUCCGGCGCCGCUGAGAUAUCAUACGUAGAGGAGCCCGUGGUAGCCCGCGUCUCCUACCAUGUGCUCCGCGAAGAGAGGGCUUUUCACAUAGCCAAGAACCUGUUUGCCACGGCCGAUCCCCAAGGGCACCACAUUGUCAAGCCGCUCGACCUUAUCCGCCUCGCCCCCCACCCGGGCGACCGCGGGUCCAUCGUCGUCGCAAUAUACCAGCAUCCUGGCCAGAAUUACCUGUUCGACCUGAUGGACAUGGGGCCGGCGUUCUAUAAGGCGAGAAAGGUAGACGACCGUUAUGAGGCGUAUCGAAGGACCAAAUUCCGCCUGCAGCCCCCGAUAGACCUGCAAUACUUCCUCGACUUCGCCAUCGGUGCAAGCCAGUGUCUUGAGAUACUUCACUACGGCCAGGUAAUAACGCAUGGAGAGAUCCGCCCGGACGCCUUCCACUUCAACAUCGAGACCAACUCGGUCAAGCUGAUCAACUUCGGUACUGGGACAAGGUCGUUCGAGGGUGGCCUAUCGAGUACGUCGUGGUCGAGCUUGUCUAAGGAGCUGGGUGCGAAGAACAAGCUCCUCUACAUCAGCCCCGAGCAGACGGGGCGCAUGCCAGCGGAACCUGACAGCCGGACCGACAUUUACUCGCUGGGCGUGGUAUUCUGGACACUGCUCACGCAGCAGCCCGUGUUCGAGGGCGAGACACCACUAGACAUCGUGCAGGGCGUUCUCGGCCGGAGGAUUCCUAACCUGUCGCAGGUCCGGCUCGACAUACCCGACGUGAUCGGCCGCAUCAUACAAAAGUGCACGGCGAAGACCGUCGCAGAUCGAUACCACUCGGCUAGCGGCCUCAAGCACGACCUGCUCAAGGUGCAGCAGUUUCUGACUGACGGCGACUGGUUGGCGUUGAAGGAGUGGAAGAUCGGCGAAAAGGACAUCUCAUCCUUUUUCAUACUGCCCAGCAUGAUGAUCGGUCGGCAGAAGGAAAGGGCAGACCUCGUUAGAGUGAUCGAGCGGGUUGCCAAGAGCCACUCGAUGAAUCAAAGGUCGACAAACAACCGUUUCUCGGACGGUUCGCAACUCUCGGUCGAGCUCCCCGACUGUGGCGACCUGUCGAGCGAGGGCGCGAGCUCCGCGGAGGGCACCACCCGCCGUAGCGGCUCCUUCACGCAUACUACCUCCUCUGAUCCUAGGCAGUCGAGGGCUAGCUUUGUGCCGUCCGUCUUGUCCGACACCCAGACAAUAUCGGGUGACACCAUCGCCUCGUCCAACUCGGGGCCGUUCGGGCGCAUGACGAGACCGUGGGAGAGACAGUGGGAGAGGCACCAGUCAGUGUCCAUCGAGACGCGGAGCCUCGCCGACGGCAUCGGCACGCCCACGGAUAGCAACCGGCUCAGUGCCGUUGAGUCAUCGUCCUCGAGCCUGUCCCGCCAGCUCGGCUCGGCCAAGUUCCGGAGGCGCGGGCAUUGCGAGAUCGUCCUCGUAGAGGGGGCGGGCGGCCUCGGGAAGAGCUGCCUCUACCAGUCCGUUCUCGCCGAGGCCAGGCGAAGAGGCUACUGCGCCACGGCCAAGUUCGAUACGGCUCGCCGGACUGCUUUCGGGCCGCUGCUUAAGCUGCUGUCGUCCCUCUUCAAGCAGGUCUUUGGCGAGCGCAAUACGGACACGCAGUUUCACCAGGCCCUGAAGCAGUAUGUCCGUCCUGUGUGGCCGACGCUCCAUAAGGUUCUCGGGCUUCCCGACUUCCUCAUCGGCGCCCUCGACACCUCCGUCCCCCGAUCCGUCUCCAUCACGCAAAGCGUGACCCAGACUCGCAAUAUCAGGGCCGGUCUCAAGAGACGCGGUUCGUCCCCAGGAAGCUCCCCUGGGCGCCUGACCAAGCCCGCCGUCAUAUCAUCCCAGGCAUCCCAGGACUUCCUGCGAGCGGGCGGCGCGACCAAGACGAUGCGUCUGAUGAACACGUUUCUCGAUGUGCUGCGCAUGUUCACGUCCCACAAAUUCAUCUGCUUCGUGCUGGACGACCUUCAUUUUGCCGACGACGAGUCGAUGGAGCUGAUUACUCAGAUCAUUGGGGCGCGGAUGAAGAUGGUUGUCAUCAUCACCUACCGGCCAGAGGAGCUGUCCCCCGAGCGGGUCCAGUCUAUCAUUCAAGCCCCCGAAUCCGAAGGUGAGCAAGCCCGCUGCCCUUCGAAGACGGCGCUGCGUGCUAACGAAACGGCAGAAUUCCCGCGAUCGGGCGGCCCAGUCGUCACCCGCAUCAAGCUGUCCCCUCUAGGCGAGGACGACAUCAUCCAAUAUGUGGCGACGACGCUGUGCAGACCCAAGGAGGAGGUUCUCCCUCUGGCGCUCGUCAUACAGUCAAAAACAGCAGGCAACCCAUUCUACAUGCGCGAAAUGCUCAGUGCGUGCUAUAGGAAAAAGUGCAUCUGGUACGACUACAGGGACAGCAACUGGCACUUUGACCUCGACAGACUGUUUGAGCACUUCAAGGGCGCGAGCGACUACGACAUACUCGACACCGGCUUCAUCACCCGCAGGUUGAACGAGCUGCCGCCCGCGUCCAGGGCAAUACUCGCCUGGGCUGCCCUGUUGGGGUCCUCCUUUUCUUUCGAGCUCAUCUCCCGGCUCAUGAGCGGCGAGUUCCAGUACGAUGACGAAGACGAGAACGAAACCAUGUGUCGAGGGGCGGGCAACGAACAAUACCAUGCGCGGUAUUCCCAGCAGGAGGCGAUUGACGGGCUGCAAGCGGCCGUGCAGGCCUACAUCAUCGUCCCCAGCGAGACGGACGACAGGUUCCGUUUUGCCCACGACAGAUUUAUACAGGCAUCGGCGGCGUUGAAGGAGUGCAACGCUCGCAAGAUGCACUUUGUCAUUGCCCAGACUCUGUUGAAGUAUUAUUCGGCAGACCCUAGGGCCAAGGACAACACGGCCUCGCACAUCUGCGAGUCUGUCGACAUUAUCAAGAAGCGCGUCCCCAGGCGUCAGUCGUACCGCAAACUGCUCUUCGAGUCCGCGCAGGCGGCCGUCGAGAACUGUGCUCGUCCAACUGCCUCCAAACUAUAUAGCACAGCGGUUGCACUCCUCCAGCCCGACCCCUGGGACGACGAGCUUGAGGACGUCUCCUAUGACGAGACCAUGCAGCUGCAUUUGCGAGCUGCCGAAUGCUACCUCUACAUGGGCAACCAUGUGGCAGCCAACGCCCUGCUAGAGAACGUCUUCCAGUGUGCCCGCACACCUCUCGACAAGGCGCCUGCCUACGUUCUGCAGUCUAGAACCCUCGCGCAGAGCGGCAACGCCAAGGGAGCUCUCGCCUCCCUCAAGGAGUGCCUGCAUGCACUGGACGUGGAAUUCGACGAUAACCCGACGUUCGAGAAGUGCGACGACCAGUUCGAGAAGAUGUCUGUGAGGAUACAAAGCAUGGACAAGAACGAGCUCAUGAACCCGCCACAGUCACAAGAUCCCGGCCUGCCGUCAGUCGGCGCAGUACUUGCCGAGACGGUCAGCGCCGCGUGGUGGAGCGACUAUCUACGCUUCUACCACCUCUCUCUCGUCAUGCUCGACCUGCAUCUCACUCGCGGCGCCUUCCCGCAGUCGGGAAUGGCGUUCCUCCACCUCGGUCUGAUUGCCCUGGCCCGGUUCAACAUGGUUAGCUUCGCCGUCGAGGUGGGCAAUGUCUGCAUCGAGCUGCUUGACCGGUACCGCGAUCCCUUCUCCAUGGCCAGGGGCUACAUGCUGUACGCCAACUUUAUCGGGCACGUCCAGAUCCCUGUGGCCGUGGCGCUGAGCCAUCUGGAGGGCUCGGUCGACUACGCAGCAGCAGCCGGCGAUAGGAUUUCCUCGAUCCUGAGCUUUGGACUGGCGGCGCAGCUGAAGUUUUUUGCCAGCGAGAACUGCUCCGACUUGGAAGCCUUCUGCCGGUACGGCUGCGAAGAGAUACCCAACUGGCAGCAAGACACGCGGGGGGGCACCCUUCUCAUCUCGAUCCGACAGGCGUGCCGUGCCCUGCAGGGGAAGACGCGCACCACCGAGUCACUCGAGGUCAUGACCGACGAGCAGCACAGCUCGGUUAAUUACAAGUCGUGGCUGAGGGCCAACACGCAGAACGGCAACCGAUCGGUUCUCUGGUACGAGAGCAUCGAGAUUGUGCCCCUGUUCAUCUAUGGGCACUACGACCGCGCCAUCGAGAUUGGCCAGGCGUGCUACGAAGCUAUCCAAAACCUGUGGUCCGCCCGCAACAGCAGGCUGGUCAUGUUUUUCUACGGCCUUGCACUCGCGGGGAGCAUGGUCCGCAAGCUCAACGACCCCAGGCUAGACCCCGGCAGUCUGACCGACGAAACGGAGGACACUCUGCACAUGCUCCGCGAGCUGACCAAGAGGAUCAAAGAGUGGGAGGUCUACACAGAGGUUAACUACAUGUCGUGGUCCAGGAUCCUCGAGGCGCAAACGGCGGAAUUGACGGGCGAUUAUGGCUGCGCCGUCAAGCUCUACGAAGAGGCUCUUGAUAACGCUGAGGAGCACAACUACCUGUUCGAGGCGGCGCUGGGCAAUACGCUGAUGGCGGGCACGCUCGUCAGACGCAAGGCCCGAAGGUUGGCUCGCUCUGCGCUCAGGGAUGCCAUUGCGUUCUACCGCCAGUUCGGGGCCGUCGCCGUCGCCGACCGUCUCGAGGAGGAGCACGCUGUCCUGCUUCACAGUCCGGCACGAAAUCCCAGGACGACGGACGCCGCCGUGCAGACCGACUUCGCCGGCGACAGCGGCACGGUCGACUACCGCGCCGUCGAGGGCGAGGAAGGCCCAGAUGGGCUCCAGCAGCCCAACCACACCGCCAUCGCCGACAUUAAGGGCGAGCGGAUCGGUGCGUGGCGCGGCUCAAUGCACGAGCACAACGAACCCGGAGUAGGUCUGCCUGCACUCGAUAUGAUCGAUUUGCACGCGAUCCUGCUCUCGUCUCAGGUCAUCUCUGGCGUCCUCCGGGUCGACGAGUUGCUCAAGACCAUGUGCGACGUCAUCCUUCAAACCUGCGGCGGCUCAGCUACGCUCGCCGCCAUCGUCGUCCAAGACUCGGACGAGUCUGGCUGGAGCCUCGCCGCCAGCGGCGACCCGGAAAGGGGCGCGUCGGCGCACAUCCCAGGCCUGCCUCUGGCUGGCACCUCACUCGUCGCCGAAAACGUCAUACUCUAUUGCACCCGUUUCCGAGAAGCAGUCUUCAUCCCCGACAUCGUUAGCGAUGAGCGGUUCGGCAACGUGAGCGAGGCCUGGCUGCAGCGGAACGUCCUCAGCAAGGCCAUCAUCGCCAUCCCCAUCUGCCACGGGUCCAAGCCGCUCCUCGGUGUCUUGUACCUCGAGGGCGAGCCGGGCUCCUUCACCGACCGCAACGUCUCCGUCCUGCAGCUGCUGGUGAACCAGAUCGGCAUCAGUUACUCCAAUGCCCUGGCCAUGAAAGCCGUCGAAAAGGUCUCGGCAGAGAACGUGUCCAUGGUCGCCCUGCAGAAGCGUGCCUUGGCUAAGGCUCUCGAGGCAGAGACCAAGGCCAAACACGCCGAGGCCGAGGCCAAGCGCAACGUCAAGCUGGCCGAGGAGGCUGCCAAGGCCAAGUCCAUCUUCCUCGCCAACGUCUCCCACGAGCUGCGCACGCCUCUCAACGGCGUCAUAGGAAACUCGGAGCUGCUCAAGGACAGCGACCUGGACAAGGACCAGCAGGAGAUGGCGGACAAUAUCAAGGUGUCUGCGGAGCUGCUGCUGACCGUCAUCAACGACAUACUCGACUUUUCCAGAAUGGAGGCCGACAAGAUGAAACUCUACGUCAUCGCCUUCAACCCCGAAGAGAUGGUACGCGAGGUUGUGCGCGCGGUGUCGUACAGCAACCGGCAAAAGACAAAGCAGAAGAAUGUUAAGAUUAUACAAGAUAUCGACCUACCUCCCAUGCUCAUCUUUGGUGACCCCAUCAGACUUCACCAAGUCUUGGGCAACCUUAUUAGCAACAGUCUCAAGUUCACCGAGGAUGGAUCCAUCACCAUCGGCGCCCGCGUCGAGUCGGAAACCAACGACAAAGCCACCUUGUUGUUCAGGGUGCAGGAUACGGGCAUCGGCAUCCCGCAGCAGCAGCUGGUCAAGCUCUUCCAGCCGUUCAGCCAGGCAGACACCAGCACGGCUCGCAAGUACGGCGGCAGCGGUCUUGGUCUGAGCAUCUGCAAGUCUCUCAUUGAGACGAUGAUGAAGGGCAAGAUCCAGCUCGACAGCCAAGAAGGCGUCGGGACGACGGCAUGGUUCAAGGUUACGUUUGACAAGGCCAAGUCCGACGUGUCUGCCGGCGACGCGCAGCAGAUGAAGUCCCCGCCAGCCAUCGAGCGCUCCGCCUUCCUCGCCGAGCGCGACACGUCGCCGAACCCGUUCCUGGACCUCACCGCCAUCCCCAAGGACCAAAUCAGGAUCUGCAUCGCGGAAGACAACCCCAUUAACCAGAAGAUAGCCAUCCAGUACGCGCAGCGUCUGGGCUACACCACCGUCGACGCCUACGAGAACGGCCUGAAGGCUGUGGAGGGUCUACGGCAGAAGGCCAGGGAUGGUCGGCCGUACCACGUGGUCCUCAUGGACGUGCAGAUGCCUGUGCUCGACGGCUACGAGGCGACCAAGAUGAUCCGCAAAGACCCAAUAGACGUCGUGCGCAAGAUACUCGUCAUCGCCAUGACGGCAUCGGCCAUUCAGGGCGACCGCGAGAAGUGUCUGGCGGCGGGCAUGAACGACUACCUAGCAAAGCCGGUGCGCUCCGAGGUGCUGAAGAAGAAGCUGGACACCUACGUCAGCCCUCAGGUAUCCACCGCUCCGACUCCCGAUGCCGCACGCUCUGCUUCCACGUCGCCGACACAUAUCACCACCGACCUCAACGGGGCCGGGGCCAGCUUCCAUCUGCCCGUAAGGGAGAACCCGGCAUACAGCCGUCCGUCGGGCAGCAGCAACACGGUGCACAGCCGAGCGUCAAGCGACUCAAGAUCUGCUGUCGAUCUGGGCUUGGUAGCCGAGACACAGUCGCAGGCGCCGUCUCAGAAACGUUCGUCGCGCAAGCUCACCAAGACACGCACCAGCAACGAGUCGCUGCCGACCGAGAAGCCGAGGAUGGUGCUUACCAAGAAGGCGCCACAGCGCCAGGGGACGACCUCGUCGACGGAUGAGAACCUCAAACCGGAGGAUCCACCGUACCAAGCUGCAAACCGCAACAGCGUGAGCUCGCAAGGGUCAAGCAGCAGAGACAAGAUCUUCCCUGGUUAAGACGCUGGAGCCCGCGCCCCUUUCUAUUCAAAGGUCGGAACGUUUAAGUCUGAGUCUGGGGUAACACGACAGCUCGAUGAUGCGACCCAGGCAGAGAAGAAAAAAGUAAAAAGGAAAGAAGAGGGGGGAAAUCCUCCAUGCCAGCAGAAGCAGCUUCGGGCCGAAUGGAGGCGUAGUAGUUCGAGAGGGUGUAGCUUGUGCCAACAUAGACGGGCGAUUGUGAUUGGUCAACGGGGUGAAUACCGUGUUUACUGAAAGUCGGUUUGGGAGCAUGUUCUGUGUUGUCUCACUUGGGCAUGGCGCAGAAACUCGACACAGAGAAGAAGGGAGGGAAAUAGAGGGGCGUAGGGACAAGACGACCUCUAUACCCAGCAGGAAAAGGAAAGGCUUCCUGACACUUGAUGAUUUGUUUCACUAUUGCGAGGACCCUCGACUGGCUUUGUUCUGAAGGACGGAAACAACGGGAGUUGAACGGAAAGCAUCUGAACUGCCAGGCAAUUGUUUGGAAUCUUUGUUAGGAGUGUAGCAUCACAGUAGCCACAUAAGGCCUCUCCCGAUGGGAGUAAAGAAAGUGAAGCUGGUGAAAGGAAACAAGUUGCCUUUGUUCCGAUGUACGUACAUGUUACCUACCUACCUACUCAGUGAUCGACGGGUCAUCUCCCGUGCUUCGCAGUUGCCUGCCUGCCUCGUCGUGUCUUGCCAAGGGUCUGGAUAUAAAGCGAAUCAUGCAGCCUACGUCCGUACGCAGGAAAGGCCAGCAGGCCGGGGGGACUCUGUGACUGUCACACUCCUUUGGUAUCACCUCUCUGUUCCUCCCUCUCUAUCUCUCCCUCUCUCCCCCUCCAAAGCCCCCUCUAUCCAUCUCUCCCUUCCCGCGGUACAAUCAGUCCAGCCUGCUGCAGGUCGUGCUGUUGACGUGCAGGAGGUGUUUGAGACAGAGACCGAUACAUGUACUGACGAGAGACGGAGGCUAGAAUUGCAAAUCGUCUGCUCAAGUCGAGCUUACAACAGUUGCGCACGCGCACGCACACGCACACAUCUUCUGGAACACGCGCUUAGUCGGUUCCACAACCAACCGAUAUUAUGAAGGCUGAACCGUAUAUACACACAUCUCACGAGAGUACGAUUAUGGCCAACCAUUGUUUGGGUUUCGUCUCUCUCCUCCGAUGAGAAGUCGCAUGUUACCUCUGCUUGGAUCGAGUAAAAGGAUUCUUGUCUCGGGCAGGAAGCCCUCUUUCGAACAACUUUUUCUGGUCUCCUCGGUCAAAAAGCCCACCGUCUUGGCUCGGUCCCGGUCUUGCCUUCACAGGGAACUGCGUGAGAAAUGGGUCUUCGGGUAUGAGGCUUGGGGGAAGAGUGAAAAGAAUCGGUUCCCUGGCCGGGAUCGUGAGAUUGGGACAAUUACAACCGUGUCUGUCGGGCGGUGCGGUCUUCCUUUCCAUCAUUUUACUUACAUGACGGUGGGAGGCUGAGGGACCAGGACAACAUACCCAUGUGCAGCUGUCCGGCUUUAAUCCCAGGAACGCGUACGUGCGUACAUGUGAGUAAGACGGCAGCAGCUCGAUGUCCAGAAUGAGCGGGGUGAUGAGUGUGUUGCUGCCCUCAUCUUGGCAGUUCUCUAUCUCUUGCACAGCCCUUGAAAGGUACGAUGAAGGCCGGGGACAGAUUGGGAGGGCAAGGAGGGAGCCUUCACAAACAAGUCUGUCAAUCUUCCGGACCCCAUGUCCGGGCGGGACAGCGUCUCAUAGAAGAACACGAAGAAGGAAAAAGUGGAAAUCGUUUUUUUUCCCUCCCCCCUUCGAGUUCUGGAACCCAUUCCCACCUUGAUCUCGUGCGCGUCGUCGGAGCAGAUAUCCAUUGGUGCUAACUCCCCUGGCCGCAUCGAUCAGUACGCACCUAAGAAUAACUCACAGCACCAGGAACGGCCUGAUUAGGCUGCUCCGUGUCCGACGCAGCCCAGCCUGACAAGGAUUUCCCCCUCAUCGGAUGGAUCGCAAGAUUAGCCUUGUGAGGAUGCCACGGAGAAGGGGGCGGAGGGGCUAGCCAGCCAGAUACAGGUGGUUCAUGGUAGUUGAAAGGAAUCGCCCAUCGUCAUCAAGUUAAACAGGAAUGAGUCGCCAAAUGGCCUCAUAAUCAACGGCGAGGGCUAGAAGGGGGGCCCUUGCCCACCGGAACAAUUCCCACCGGGCGCGGGAUAUUACGAUAGGAAACCAGAGAUUGGAAAACCUUGGGAAAGGCAAGAGACCCCCGACUUACUCGUGGCAAGCGGACUGCGGCAGCGAAGCCGCCGCAACGUUGC